UCUGGCAUAGCAGGACUCCAACUUCAAGCCAAAGAAAUAUGGGUACGCUAUAAUGAUGAAUGCGUCUCUAUCAAACAAAAUAGUCUGGAAGAUUUAGCGGUAUCUUAUGUGGAUGAUCUGAAAGGGAUAAUCAAAAAUCAUUCUUCAAGUGAUGAGGAAGAAGAAGAUGUGAGUCAUGUUGAACCAAAUCGUAUUGAAGAAGCAUUUCAAGUUGAAUACCAAGUCACAACCUUAGAAACUUUCUAUUCGCGACUAAAACAAUUUCAUGAUGAAUGGUACAAGCAGAUAAAACCACACUCUUAUGCAGAUGCUGUGAAGGAAUGUUUCCCUAGUUCACCAUUAACAUGUUUGCAAAAAGUUCCUCUGAAGUCAUUUUUAAAGUCCUUAUUAUGCGAAAAAAUAGAUGGUCUUGAUGA